AUGACUGCCUUCGCCGGGUCCCAGCGGAAUCCGCUCCCGGAAAUGAUGACCUCCAUUCGGAUAGACACUGCGGGUCAAGUUGAAAUCGUUGACCAACUCUUACUGCCACACACUGUCACUUGGAUCCCUAUCUCCACACCUGAGGAAGCUUUCGAGGCUAUCAAGUCGAUGAAGAUUCGAGGAGCUCCAGCUAUAGCAUCUUUGGCUGCUCUGUCCAUCCGCUCUCAUUUGUCGGCUCAUGACUCUUACAAUUCCACGUCCAGCGUCAAGGAAGAUGUCAGCAGGAUAUGUGACUACCUCCAGUCAUCUCGUCCGACAGCGGUCAAUCUUGCCGAAGCGAUGGACAGGAUCCGAUCUACUCUAGAUUCUGGUUCCGAAUCCCAAUCUCCUGUAGACCUCGUCGAUCAGAUCAAACAAAUCUGUACUGCUGUGCAUGGAGAAGACCUUGAACGGUGCAUUACCAUGGGUCGACUGGGAGCCGAGUGGUUAUGGGCAAAGAGGAGAGCAGGGUCUGGAAGUGGGAAGAAGGGUCUGAAGGUUUUGACAGUCUGUAACACGGGGUCAUUAGCCACAUCGGGCUACGGAACCGCGAUCGGAGUCAUAACAGCUUUGUUCGAGGCGGAUCAAUUGGAACGAGCGUAUUAUGCCCAGACUACACCAUAUCAUCAAGGCUCUCGUCUCACAUCUCUCGAGCUCACGACAUUGAAGAUGCCUGCAUGUAUGGUCUGCGAUACUGCGCUCGGCUCUCUGAUGCAGCUUCACGACAUCGAUGGCGUGAUCGUCGGAGCGGACAGGAUCGUCGCCAAUGGCGAUACAGCCAACAAGAUUGGCACAUAUCAAGCUGCUGUAUUGGCGAACAGGCACAGCGUCCCUUUCAUGGUCGUUGCGCCAGUUACAACCGUCGACUUAUCGCUGAAGACCGGUGCGGAGAUAAACAUCGAGCAGCGUCCAGGCAAGGAAGCCACUCAGGUGCGAGGCAAGAAUCUCGAGACGGGAGAAAUGUCGGUCGUCCGUAUUUCACCAGAAGGGGUUGGAGAGGGAUCAGAGCUUUGGCAGGGAGUCUACAACCCAGCAUUCGAUGUCACUCCUGCCGAUCUCAUAAGCUGCGUGGUCACUGAAAAAGGCGUCGCAGAACGUCAAAAGGGCUCCCAGUCCAUUGAUGUGGCUUCAGUCUGCUGA